AUGCGUGCCUUUAUUGUUCUCUGCUGCUUGGCAACUGCUUAUGCUGCCAGUUUGGGUUAUGAUUAUGAAAGACAAUCGGGUGGUGUAAGCUCCGGAGGUUUCGGUGCUGCCCCCUCUGCUGGUUAUGGUGGUGAACAAGGCUUUCAAGCUGGUCCUGUUGGCGGCAACGAUUAUAGUGCUCCUGCUGCUGGCCCUGCUGAAUUCGAAAAGGAAUUCUUCACCUACUCUGCCCCCGAAGGUGCUUUCGAUGACAACAAUGCCAACAAACAAUUGGCCAACUCCUUGAAAAGCGGCUUACGUGUCAUCUUCAUCAAGGGACCCGAAAACUCUGGUCUUGAAAAUGCUGCCCUCCAAUUGGCCAAAUCUGCCGGUGAACAACGUACUGCCAUCUAUGUCCUCAACAAACAAGCCGAUAUUGGAGAUUUGGCCAACAAAUUGAACUCCUUGAACAAGAACAACGCCAACAAACCCGAAGUUCACUUUGUCAAAUACCGCACUCCCGCUGAUGCCGAAAAUGCCCAACGUGCCAUCCAAGGUCAAUAUGAAGGUUUGGGCGGUAAAUCUAGCAGCCAUAAUGGUGGUGUUGCCCCUGUUUUGGACUUUGCCUCCAGAGCUCCCGUGAGCAGCAAUGGUGGUUACCCAUCCUCUGAACCAGCCGGCACUUACUUGCCAGCCAACAAGCGUGUCUAA